GGGAGUAUAUCCCACCGAGAGAAUAGACCCUAACUUGAUCGUUUCACUUCUGGUCUCAGAUGCGAUGGCAUAUCCCACCGAGGGAUCAAACCCUAACCUCACCGAUUCCCCGCCUUGCAAAGAUCUGAUGACACCUCCCGCCGAUUCACUGCCCACUCUUCCUUUCGACCUCAUAAUAGAAAUACUUUAUAGGCUACCCGUGAAACUUCUCAUCCAAUUACGUUCUGUCUGCAAAUCCAAAUCUUUGAAUUCUAUCAUAUUCAAUCCUUCUUUCGUCAGAAAACACCUUAACGCGUCAACCACGCGCCUCCUCCACUUUGCAGCCUACCAAAACCCCUUCUAUCUCUUCAAUCUAAAGUCUUACCCACUCCAAUCCAUCAUGGCCACUGAUAUAACCACUAACUUCACUCAAUUAGGGUUUCCUUGCUACAAUGAUAAUAUCAACAAUUUGUAUUACAUUGCUUGCUCCUGUGACGGAAUUCUCUGUCUUGCUGACCAGUAUCAGCAUACAGUUGUAUUGUGGAAUCCUUCCAUUAGAAAAUUCAAAAAAUUGCCCCCUUUUCAAUACCCUCAACUGGUUAAUACUGAGCUUUAUGUCACCUAUGGAUUCGGCUAUGAUCCUGUUUCGGAUCAUUACAAAGUGGUUGCUCUUUAUAACUCUGGUAUCCAUGACGACACGACUACAGUACAGGUUCUUACUCUGGGUACUCAUUAUUGGAGAAGGCUUCCUGCCUUCCCUUUUGGGGUUAUAUUUGAUGAUGGAGCUGGAAAAUGUGUAUGCGGCACAGUUAAUUGGUUGGCCUAUAUUGACAUUAUUAAUUGGUUGGCCUAUACUGAAAUUUCUGAGACUCGUCGUUUUAUUGUUUCUUUUGAUUUGGCUAAGGAGUCUUAUCAAAAGAUUUCCCUUCCUCCUGACCAUAGAAGGAGAGAUGGGUGGAACAUAAAAUUGUUUGUGUGGAGGGAUUGCUUGGGUAUAAUUUUCGAUCACGAUGUUUGGGUCAUGGAGACAUAUGGAAUUCAAGAGUCUUGGGUUAAAUUGUUCAGUGUUUCUUUCUUGCAAGAUCCUCGUAUGUCUUCUAUCUUGACCAAGGCAUCGUAUAUCUGUGACGGUCAAUUGCUGCUGGAGCUUAAGGAGAAACAGAAAAUGAAGUUGAUUGUCUACGAUUCCAAGAAUGACACUUUUAAGGUUACCAAGUUUUUAAACACCUCAGAAAUUUGUGUUGAGAGUUUGCUAUCACCUGACAUGUAGAUGCAAGGCUAUGUCACCUGACAUUUAUGUUUAUUUAUGCUUUUUAUUGUGUUUUUGCUCUGAAUACAGGCUGCUGGAUUAUUAUGUCCGUAUUAAUAUUGUUCAACUAAGUUCUGUUUCGUACCAGUUUUUAUCACAAUGCUCUCUUUUCUUCA